AUGACUCUCGAAGCCCUUCUCGAUUGCCAGAAUGAAGUUUUCGGCCUUAUCGCUCGCGCUUGCGAGAACCUACAAAAGCUUGGUCCUUCGAGGACCACCCGUGGUGCGGUGCAAAGUCGCUUAACAAUUUUAAAGGCAAAUUGGGAAAAAUUCCAGGCUCAACACGAAAAUCUAUACAAGCUGAAAUCGUCAGAAUUAAAGAAGCUGGACUACGUUGUCGAUAGGAUCUACGAGCAAUGCGAAGAGAAAUUUGCCGAAGCGCAAGGCACUAUGCUCACUAUCCUCGACAGUUUUGAACCACCUCAACAGAAUACAUCAGCCGAAACUUUUAUGAACUCAUCGUCCGCAUCUCAUUCUCGACGUUUGCCUCGCAUCGAUUUACCGAAAUUUAACGGCGAAUAUUCGCAGUGGAGUCAUUUCAGAGAUCUCUUUGCCUCUAUGAUCAACGCGAAUACCAAUUUCUCUGCUGUCGAAAAGCUUCACUAUUUAAAGAUGAGCCUAUCGAAUGAACCGGCUACUCUCUUGAAAGGCGUUGAGAUAUCAAGUGAAGGAUUCAAUCGCGCAUGGGAUACUCUCAUUGACCGUUACGACAACAAGCGUAUCCUGAUAGAGGCUCAGCUCUCCGCUCUGUUUUCGAUUCGCAAGGCGAAAUCCGAAUGUGCAUCGGAAGUGAAACGCCUUCUCUGCGAAUUGAAGGAAGCAAUCGGAGCCCUCGCUACAUUGGGCUGCCCAGUUCAUCACUGGGACAUCAUUCUCACCUUUAUGACAGUGCGCAAACUAGAUGUCGAAUCUGUUAAGGAGUGGGAAAAAUCACUCGGAGCCACAUCGCAACCACCAUCGUUCGCCGACUUCGAGAAAUUUCUUCUCGGUCGUAUUCUCACUCUCGAAGCCUUCGAACGAACAACGAAUUCUCGGAAACAAAACGCAAAUGCACCUCGAUCUCUAGCUCACGCUCGGGCAUAUACCGCUACUGUGACUGAUCAAAAGUGUGCGUUGUGUUCAUCGGGACAUUACAUUGCCUCGUGUCCAAAGUAUCUCGAAAAGACACCCAUGCAGCGAAAGGAAGUAAUAAUUUCGAAAAAUCUCUGCUUUAAUUGUCUCGGGCCUCAUCAAAUAAAAUCAUGCCGCUCAACAAAACGCUGUCGUCUCUGCCACAAGCAACAUCACUCCACGUUACAUUAUCAAGCCGGUAACGCAGCGAUCGGUGCAUCAGCUGCACACUCAGACUCGUCGACGCCUGUCGUCAAGACAAUCACAUCGUCUCCGCCGGCAAUUCAUACUGCAGGUAUUCCGCCACACGAAUCUGUUGCUCCUCUACGGAAUACCGAGCAAAUCUCAAACUCCGUGACAUCAAGUCACGUCGCUCAAUCGCGGAUAAUCCGUCGCACUCCGGUUCUAUUAGCCACAGCUCUCGUAAACGUAGUGUCAUCAACCGGAGAUAUCUAUCAAGUGCGCGCUCUUAUCGAUCAAGGAUCGGAAGUCUCGUUUGUCUCGGAAUCGGUCGCCCAAUUAUUAAAACUCUCGCGUCAAGCGGCGGCUAUUCCGAUUCUCGGCAUCGGAGCUCAUCGCUCAAGCAUAUCAAACGGACUCGUCUGUCUCAAAGUGAUAUCUCAAGUGCAUAAAGACAGUUCUCUCGAAGUCGAUGCUCUCGUACUGCCGAAAUUAACGUCCUAUCUGCCUCCCGCGCGUGUCGAAUAUACUCAGUGGCCGCACAUACAAGGUCUCGAGCUCGCGGAUCCAAACUUCGCCACGCCCGAAAAAAUCGAUCUCAUACUAAGUGUAACGGUGCACGCUCAAAUACUCAAAGACGGUAUUCGUCGAGGAAAUAUCGGCGAACCCAUCGCUCAAGAAACGACUCUCGGAUGGGUGCUAUCAGGGCCCCUCUCAAAUGAUAAUUCGAAGACCAACGCCAUGGAAAACAACUCAAUCAUCGGUCUUCAGUGCUUUCUCGACUCUGAGCUCCUGGAGCUCCUUCAACGCUUCUGGACACAAGAAGAAAUCGCGCCUGCCUCUCAAAUCUCAAUGUCUCCAGAAGAAUCUCAGUGCGAAGAACAUUUCAAAAUGACUCAUUCUCGCGACGUCAACGGACGAUUUGUUGUACGCUUGCCUCUCAAGAAGAGUGUUAGUGAAUUUGGUGACUCUCGCUCUAUCGCACUCAAGGCGUUGUAUCGCAUGGAAAAACGAUUCGAAUCGAAUCCAUCGCUCAAAAUCCAGUAUAUCGACUUUUUACGUGAGUAUCGUUCUCUCGAUCACAUGCGUCCCGUCGCAUCAAACCGCGCUCAAUCUCGCGAGUUUUUUCUACCGCAUCACGGUGUUACGCGUGAAACUAGCACGACAACAAAACUGCGCGUCGUGUUUAACGGAUCGCAAAAAACAAAUCUCGGCUUGUCGUUAAAUGAGUGUCUCCUUGUCGGGCCGAAACUACAAACGGAUCUCGCGGACAUCCUCAUCCGUUGGCGACGGCAUCGAUACGUGUUCGCGGCCGAUAUCGAAAAAAUGUAUCGGCAGAUUCGCGUGCACGAGGAUGAUUGGCCGUUACAGAAAAUUCUUUGGCGGGACUUUCUCGACGAAAGGCCUCAAGAAUAUGCAUUGUGUACCGUAACGUACGGCCUCGCGUGUGCUCCAUAUCUCGCGCUACGCUGUUUACGGCAACUCGCUCUCGAUUACGAUUCGACUCGCCCUCACGCUGCCGAAACUCUUCGUCGCGACACAUACAUCGAUGAUAUUCUCUCCGGCGACGAAAGCAUCUCUCAGGCGAAAAAAAAAUUCGCAACUAAGAACCACUCUCACGGCGGGCGGCUUUACGCUCCGAAAAUGGAUCGCUAA